AUGGCAGUGGCCUCCGUCGGAUUCACCCUCGUCGCGCCUUUUAAGGGGCUUUCGCUAGUGUCGGGAUCGUCUUCCUCUUCCGUGUUCAAAGGAGAGCACAGCUUGCUGGGCGCGGGGGGCAGGGCGAGUGUCUCGUUCCCUCUGAAUCCGGCCCCACUGACCAUCGAGGCGGCGCACAAGAAGGGAGCCGGAAGCACGAAGAAUGGUCGGGACUCCAAGGGGCAGAGGCUUGGUGUGAAGAUUUACGGCGACCAGGCUGCCAAAGCAGGGGCCAUCAUUGUCCGGCAGCGUGGGACGAAGGUACGGGACUACAGCCAGGAACCCUUCAUUUCAUUUGCUCUCGGAGCAGGGUUUAAUUUUAGCAAUACCUUCGUGCUGCAUUCCAUAUAGUUUAUGGUUCUUGUUUCUCUGUGGUCGAUCUGCCCAUCCUGCGCUAGAAAUUAGUACCGCUCGGAAUUCUUUCAGUCAGUUCCAUUCAGUAAAGUUGUAUGCAAACCUUAAUCGUAGUCACAGCGGGGAGAGACAAAAGAUCCCUCAGCUGAGGGUCAUACUCCAUAGUCAUAGAUUUCCAUGGUUCCAGAUAUAGUUCCAUUCCCCUUCACUCUCAUUCAGGCGAUGAAGAUACCGAAUAGCAUCUCUUGGAGACGAAGGAGCUGAUGAUUUUAGAACACUAACGCUUUUGUUCAAGUUCUGCUCCUGUGUUCUCCUAGAAUCUGGGUCUCUGAUAUGUCGGCGUCAAUGAACUUAUGAUAUUACCUUUAUCGAGGAAUGAAAGGUCAGAUAAGUAUUGUAGUGAGGUUGUGCUCCUCAGCAAUCCUCCAGCAGCUUCUGCUUGUUCCUGUUUAUCAGUUCUGACGACUCGUAUCUUGCUAGACAACCAAUGUAGUAGUAUACAGACACCACAUCUAUCCAAGAAGCCCGAGCUUGGAUUCGCUGCCUGAAAUCGGCUUCUUUCUUGGAUGAUGCUUGCUGCAGCUUUGACCAAUAGUCCAACUGCCUGAUUUUUGGCAGAUGAGGAUACAAUUUCAGAAUUUAAUAUUAUGUAUUUGAAGAGCAUGAUUGCAUUCUUGCUAAGACAUGUCAAAUGGGCCUCUAAGAGGAUCACAUCCUUAUUAUAUUAAAGAUAAAUUUAUACAAUAAAUAUAGAAGGUUGACCUUCGAAGAGACUUCGAAGGUGGGCCUUGAAACGUUCCGUAUUGAUAUUCCUUCAUUCAUUUCUUGAAGAGCAUAACUUCAUUCUUGCUGACACAUGUUAAAUAAGCUUCUAGCAUGAUUGCAUCCUCAUUAUAUUAAAGGUAAGCUUCCGCAAUAAAGAUAGAGCGUUGACCUUUGAAGAAACUUUGAAGGUGCGCCUUGAAACGUUCCGCAUUGGGCUUCUUGUUUCUUCCUUCAUUCAUUUCUUCCGUAUGUUGUCUAUUUUCUUCCUUCGUGUUAGAGCUUUCUUGGUUCAUUAAUCGGUGUGGACACCUGCCGUCUGAGUGGCUGAAUCAUCUCCUUCGCUCAGCCUAUUAGCCAUGGUCCCCUGUGUUUAUCUCUACCAUGGAAAUCAUAUCUUACCCUGCCUUUGAUCAUUCCAUUGAGAUAUCUCUGCUGACUGGGCGUGACCCAAAGAAAGGAAAUGCCUUUUAACGCCCUGUAAAUUUCUUCCCAUAAUUUAAUAUUAGUUUACAUGGUAUGAUGAUUGGAUUUCCUGGAAUGUUCUUCGAUAAUAUCCCCAAAUCGGCGGCUCGUUUUCCAUUUCAUCUUGUGUUCUCUCUCCGAUUGAUUGUUUGGUUAACAGUCAUGUUCAUCGUUCCUCCACUGUCUUUAUCGUUUCAGUUUCAUCCUGGGAAGAACGUUGGGCUGGGAAAGGAUCACACCCUCUUCUCUCUCAUCGACGGGAUGGUAAAAUUUGAGAAAUUCGGGCCUGACAGGAAAAAGGUUUCAUUUUUAUACCCUCCCCUUUAAAUAUUUCUCAGCAGCUUCCGAAGAUUUGUCAGAUCCGAGUCUUCAUCUGUUCUUAUGCAACAGGUAAGCGUGUAUCCCCGCGUAGAGCAACCCGAGAACCCUAACAGCUACAAGGUGAGGAAGAGGGAGUACUUCCGGCUUCAGCGGGAGAAGAGGAAGGCUAAGAAGGAAGGUACUCUCCCCCCACAGCUGAUGCUUGCUUCACUAGAAGAGGCUUCCGAGGAAAACCCACUCUGCUAG